AGUAAGAAACAACAAAGCUUUCCAGAAGAGUAUCGUCGUUUACAACACUGAACUGCAUCGCCGCGUGUCUUCUCUCCCUUUGCCUGCUUGCUGGCUUUUAGAUUAGCGAAUCGUGUUUUUUCAUUCAUUCAGUGAAAUCGUUGAACCGUACCUGCCACGCAUCCCAGCACCCCUGCCAGCCCUGGUAGCGUUUGAUUUUUCGCGUACAAACAAACCCUCUUGGGGUGCAUCGUCGUCGUAUACGCGGACGCGUGAAAUUGUGUUGGUUUCACUUGUAAGAAUUUGGGUUACCCAAGUUGAGUGACGUAGGGACUUUUGUUUCAAGGCGAAGAUAGUGCGUACAACGGCUUCAAGUUAAUUUUAUUUCAACUGCUUGAAGGGCGCCUACUCUAUCAAUAAAGUGCCAUUAUGCCCGAGCUAUCUCAGGAUCAGUUCGAAGCGAAGCUUCCCCACAAACCACCGGCAACGGUGGAAGAGCUGCGUACCCGCGCUAACUCCGGUGGAGCGGCCAGUUUUGAGUCUUCCCGUAGACGGCUCAGUCUGCUGAAGCAAACCAAUGGGGAAGGCUCCCAAUCUGCUACAUCCCACGAAGCGGAACGGCAGAGCACGGGGGGUGCAACUGCUGGACGGCGUCCUCGCAAAAGCAGCGUCACCUUCCAGGAAGAGCCCAGAUUGCUCCAUAGCGAAAGUUUCAUUCAUGACAUCGGAUACAAGCGAGACAUCAGGAAGCGAAUUUUCGUCAACCGCUCUUUGCAUCUGGAAAACAUCAAAUUCUAUGGCUUCGACAUGGAUUAUACGAUUGCCGAGUACAAAUCACCCCAGUAUGAACAGCUGGGAUUCGAUCUGGUCAAAGAACGGCUGGUUAACCUGGGCUACCCGGUGGAAAUACUCCAAUUCGAGUACGAUCCGUCUUUCCCGGUGAGAGGCCUCUGGUUCGACACCCUUUACGGUAACCUGCUGAAGGUGGACUCGUACGGAAACAUUCUGGUGUGUGUGCACGGAUUUGAAUUCUUGAAACAUUCCCAGGUGUACGAACUGUACCCAAACAAAUUUCUCCAGUUGGACGAAAGUCGAGUGUACGUGUUAAAUACGCUGUUUAACCUCCCGGAAACCUAUCUGCUCGCAUGUCUAGUGGACUUUUUCACCAACUCACCACAGUAUGCCGAACAAGUGGACAAAACUGGCGUAAAAUACGGUGAACUGUUUAUGUCGUUCAGGUCCAUCUUCCAAGAUGUGCGUGGAGCAGUCGACUGGGUGCACAUCUAUGGGGACCUAAAAAAGAAAACACUAGAAAAUCUUGACGAAUACGUCAAGAAGGAUGAACGUCUUCCGAUGGUUCUGUCGCGGCUUCGCGAUUCCGGUGCAAAGCUGUUUCUACUGACCAACAGUGAUUAUACGUUCACCAAUCGCAUCAUGACUUUCCUGUUCGAUUUCCCCCAUGGUGCCAAACCGGAGGAACCGCACCGUGACUGGAAAACCUACUUCGAUACCAUCGUGGUCGAUGCCCGGAAGCCUCUGUUCUUCGGUGAAGGUACCAUUUUGCGCCAGGUGGACACCACAACCGGAGCGCUUCGUGUGGGAACCCACAUGGGCCCACUGCAGGCCAAUCAGGUUUACUCGGGUGGUUCGUGUGAUGUCUUUACCAAGCUGAUUGGCGCCAAGGGCAAAGAUGUGCUCUACGUGGGAGACCACAUUUUCGGAGACAUUCUGAAGAGUAAGAAAAUCCGUGGCUGGCGCACUUUCCUGAUCGUACCGGAACUGGUACAGGAGCUGCACGUGUGGACCGACAAGUGUCAACUGUUUGCCGAACUGCAGCAGCUAGACGUGAAGCUCGGUGAUCUGUACAAAAAUCUAGACUCCAGUGCCAAAGAAAAACCGGACAUCUCGUCGGUACGAACUGCGAUCCGCGAUGUGACGCACAAAAUGGAUCUGGCCUACGGUAUGAUGGGAUCCCUGUUCCGGUCCGGUUCGCGACAAACCUUCUUCUCCGGACAGGUUGUAAGAUAUGCAGAUCUCUACGCGGCAACUAUUCUGAACCUGAUGUACUAUCCGUUCUCGUACAUGUUCCGAGCACCGGCGAUGUUGCUACCGCACGAAUCGACCGUAGCUCACGAGCAGCGAUUCACGCUGGAUGCUCCGAUGAUUCAAAGAACCCGGUCUCGAAAUCUCGGAACGCCGAAUGCCGAACAUGCGCCGGAGGACGUUUCGAAAGAAGUCUGCGCCAUAAUCGAGAAGGAACCUUCCGUCGGUCUGCUGACCACCGCCGGUGGUAACGUGUCCGUGCCGCAUACUCGACCUGAAACGCCCCGCUCGGUGACCCACACCCACGAUGAAGACUACUCCGACGAGGACAGCGACGAUCAGAAGCGGGAGGCUCGAGCUGCUGCAGCAGCUGCUGCCUCCGGAGUCACGACCAUCAACAGCCACGUCACCGAAGGUGUCCAAAAACAAUAGGUCCGUCGAAGUGUUUUCGUUUUCGACUUUAGGAGAUUAACAUUGUUUAAGCUUUUAGUUUAUGCAGUUUAUCACAAAAAUAACAGCAAAAAAACAAUCGGUAAUGUUUGUAAUUAUUGUUUAACUAUCACUUUAAAGGCUAUUUAUUCGCAAGUGUACGCUGUCUGUAUAUUCAAAAUAACUCAUUUAAUCUCUACCAAUCUCUCACAACCUAAUGUUAGUCUGUCAAUAAUAUCAAAUAACGGUGACGUACCGUGUGAAACAAGCAGCAAUAAUCAAGUUGGUCAAGUUCCAGUUUCCACAUAUCCGUAUGUUUCAAAUUUGGUCUCGGGUAAGGCUCCACUCGUUAGCCACGUACAUAUUUUCCAACCGAACCGCGCUGAACUCGAGAUCCCUGUAAAUGCACCCCGCGUGUGCCUGUGUAUUCUAGUAGGUAUGUAGUUGCAGUGUUCGUUCACGCGCCUGCAUCGAGAGUGAGGCUAAUUCAUAGUACCUGCAGAUACUAGUUCUAAUAGUUCUAUUUUGCCAUACAUUUUUCCGAAGAAGUAAGAGAAAAAACAAGUAAACGGUAACUCCCUGUGGAAUAGAAACACCUCUGCUGAAGCUGAUGAACGGAUUACGGAUUAAAUAUGAAGAAUGAAAUGGUAGCAGACCAGUACAUUAGGGCUGUUCACGAUGUGCUGGGGAAGAAAUUGACUAAGAUUGGCCGACGAAGUGAAUCGUACCGGAUCGCAUUAGAAAACUAUAUUGAAACGAAUGUUAAACAGGGAUUUCCAUCUUCACACUUAUAGAGUUGUUUUUUUAUAACAAAAAAAUGAUUCCCGGAAACGGGAAUCUAUCAAGCAUUAUCUAGCAAGAGUUGAAUUUACUAGAAUUUACAUCAUGCGCUAACAGCUGUUACUGCGAGAGAGCGUAAACAUGUUAAGUAGGUAUUUGCGAUUUGCCUUUACUAAAAAAAACCUUUGUAACCCCGCGAAACUAGGUGCACGGAAUGCCGCCGCGCUCCCUAGCAAGUAGGCAAGAAGAUGCCUACAAUUUGUGUGAUGUAUACAUGCAUUCUGCUACAUAAACAAGAAAACACUAAACAAUAUAUAUUAGACAAGCUACUAGAGCAAAGUUGUUGAGUUCCAAAGGCUAUAGUCUGAUUUUAGGUAGAACAAAAGAAAGCUCACAGCAGCUGCCGCAAGGUAACAGUUCCCGUUAAGGUUUGCUUAACCUUUCGUUCGUUAUGCAGAAAUGUGUACGGAAACAUUACAUAUA